AUGCGGCGGCGGCCGGCUCCGGGCCUAGCGGCGUCCCUCCUGCCGGGGCCGGUCACUGCGGCGGACGCGCCCGGCGCUGCAGUGGCGCCGCCGCCGGCUGCCGCAAACUUUAUCCGCCGGGCGGCGCGGCCCCGGGGGGCGGCGGCUCCUUCUAGAAAGCGCCGCGCCCCGCCCGGGCGGCCCGGCGGCUGCCCUGUGCCGCAUCGUCGCUUCGGGGCGGCGCAGCCCCCCGCUCUCUGCCGGGACCCUGGGAACUGCGGAUGCGCUCCUUGCGCCGCGUGGCUUGCGGCGCGCGCAGAUGUGCGCGCAUCCGCUUCGAUUAGUCUGCAUUUUUCUGGUUCCCUGGGGGUGGUGUUUCUCCCCCGUAGACCCGCUGCUGUCGUGCACGCUUCUUUUUUCCUCGUGCCCCCCGUGUAUGUCGGCUCGCGCGCGAGUUCGGUGCGGUGUCACCGCUCAGGUCCAUCCUAGAGACCUCUGUCCCGGAGGGCGGUGGGACGCAGCCCCACAGGUAGUGGUGCUACAGCAGUUGUACAGGCAGCGCUAUGCAAACCCCGGCAAGAGCGUGUAGCAAUAAAGAGGAUCAACUUAGAAAAAUGCCAAACCAGUAUGGAUGAGUUACUUAAAGAAAUUCAAGCAAUGAGUCAAUGCAAUCACCCCAAUGUGGUGACCUAUUACACAUCGUUUGUGGUGAAGGAUGAGCUUUGGCUGGUUAUGAAGCUGCUAAGUGGGGGUUCAAUGCUUGAUAUAAUAAAGUAUAUUGUCAACAGAGGAGAGCACAAAAAUGGCGUCCUUGAAGAACCCAUAAUAGCAACAAUUCUUAAGGAGGUUUUGGAAGGUUUAGACUAUCUGCACAAGAAUGGGCAAAUUCACAGAGAUUUGAAGGCUGGCAACAUCCUGCUGGGUGAAGAUGGCUCUGUACAAAUAGCAGAUUUUGGUGUUAGUGCAUUUUUGGCUACAGGAGGUGAUAUGACUCGUAACAAAGUAAGGAAAACAUUUGUUGGUACUCCAUGUUGGAUGGCCCCUGAAGUAAUGGAACAGGUACGAGGUUAUGACUUUAAGGCUGAUAUGUGGAGUUUUGGAAUAACAGCCAUAGAGUUAGCAACAGGAGCAGCACCUUAUCACAAAUAUCCUCCUAUGAAAGUGUUAAUGCUGACACUGCAAAAUGACCCUCCCACUUUAGAAACUGGUGUAGAAGACAAGGAGAUGAUGAAAAAGUAUGGCAAAUCCUUUAGAAAAUUAAUUUCUUUAUGCCUUCAAAAAGAUCCUUCCAAAAGGCCCACAGCAGCAGAACUUUUAAAAUGCAAAUUUUUCCAGAAAGCCAAGAACAGAGAAUACCUGAUUGAAAAGCUUCUCACUAGAACGCCUAAUAUAGCACAAAGAGCAAAAAAGGUUAGACGAGUGCCUGGUUCCAGUGGUCACCUCCACAAAACAGAAGAUGGAGACUGGGAAUGGAGUGAUGAUGAAAUGGAUGAAAAGAGUGAAGAAGGCAAAGCUGCUGUUUCUCAGGAGAAGUCACGAAGAGUUAAAGAAGAGAACACAGAGUCUCAGCCUGCUAUUAGUGAUGAAUAUAGUGAAGUACCAUGUGCAGUGAAUCUUGUCUUGAGAUUAAGAAACUCCAGAAAAGAACUUAAUGAUAUACGCUUUGAGUUUACUCCAGGCAGAGACACAGCAGAUGGUGUUUCUCAGGAGCUGUUCUCUGCAGGCCUGGUUGAUGGCCACGAUGUAGUUAUAGUUGCUGCUAACUUACAGAAGAUUGUAGAUGAUCCAAAGGCCUUGAAAACAUUAACUUUUAAGUUGGCCUCUGGCUGCGAUGGCACUGAGAUUCCUGAUGAAGUGAAACUGAUUGGGUUUGCUCAGUUAAGUGUCAGCUGAUGUCUGUCCCUUGACCCCAAGUCGAGUUGUGAGAUUGUGAAGAAGCCAGCUUAGAUGCAAAGGAAAAUUAACGCACCAAACACUGAGUUCUGCUUCAUUCUCUAGCAAUUCACAAAGUCAGAACGAGCAAAGCCCACAGCUACACCGCUGCUGCUAACAUUCAAAAUGCUACUAAAUGUCUCUUAGCAGUUGAUUUGGAUUUCCCCUAAGUGAAAAGCCUGUGGAAAUGCACUCAGGUGGCUAUAUUUAUUGGUUACAAAAGGAAUUUUAUAUCUUCUUUCCUAAAGUUUUGAGUGAUACUAUUUUCCUGUACUUGUGGAUGAUAAUACUGCCUCUGUUAUGUUAUAUUUAGAAGUUAACAUAAAUACAAAAAUUGAGAAUUACUAGCUGAACUUGAAUUCUAGUUUUAAAACUGACUGUGAAUUUUAUUUUUCAUAUUUAUGCAUUACACAUCCUAGUAAUAAGAAAACUAUUGGACUUGAUUACAUGCUAUUUGCAGUUAAUCUUUCUUUAUUUAAAAAUGUUUCAGGUAUAUCUUUGACUAUUCUAGGGCUUUUUUUUCUUUUUUUUUCUUCAAGUCAAGUAUGCAUUAGUAAGCUUUGAUUAUGUCUAAAAACCAGUCCACAAACUGAUUUUGAAGGGUGUGGGAGGUGCCUUGAAGACAUUAAUGUUUUAAGUAUGUGCCUGAGGCUGCUAAAAUUUAGAAUAAUCUCAAUUUUCUAGAAGUACCAUGUAUAUGGUACUAUACAUACAGUCUGAGCAAGGAGGGGUUAUAUGGUAGCAAAGGUGUUAAGACAAUUUUGAUUGUGCUUUUUUGAGGAGUCUAUAAGCUAGAACUACUUUAAACUAUUGUCGUUAAGGUAGACUGCUUAUUGUGUCUAUCUCUGAUUUGACUAAUCCUGAACGAUAGAGAAUGGUUUCAUACAGGUGAUGAAAACUUGAACAGAAUUGAAGCUUUACUUGAAAUUCUGGAAAAUACCAAUAUGGAGUGAAAAUAAUAGGGCUUUCUGCAAUGAUUCAGUAAAACUCUGUGAGAAAACAUUUCUGAUCCAAGUAGUCUUAUGCUUAACCUGUGGUCUAGAUGUUAUGGAGCUAGUGAAUCUUAGGAAGAUUAUCCAAUCUGGAGACAAGUUCCUUGGACAUUACAGUUUAAACUACUUCCUAGCUAAUCCUAGAUAAAUGGCAGCUCUUUAAUGUACUGAAAACAGCAAAUAUAUAUUAUUAAGAGAAGUUAUUUAUAAUGCCUUGUCAUAAUUGUUGAGGUGUUCUAGAGCCACUUGCGUACUCAGUGUAAUUCCAUUCCAUCCUCUUGUUUACAUGAUUACUCCAAGAUGACUGCAAAGGAUAAAAAUAAAAGCAUAUUGCACAAA